AUGCUUUGGGUCGCUUUACCUCUUACGCCGACCAAAUUCCACGAUGCUUUUCUCGCGUGUGUACGCCUUAGCCAGAAGAGAUCAUUCUCGGCCGAGCUCCAGUGUUUUCGACGGGGCAAACGUCUGCGGAAGACGAACCUCUUGGUACCGUUAGCAGCCUUCCUCGAUGACGACGGGAUUCUGCGCGUCGGCGGGCGGCUCGAGCAUGCGCCACUGACCUACGAGGAGCGGCACCCACCGAUCCUCAGCGGCGCCUCUUCCCUCGCUUCCAUGGUCAUCGCCUGGGUGCACUCUCGGGCGCUGCACGGUGGAUACUGCGUCACCAGUGCCUACGUCUGUAAGCGCGCUUGGCUCCUCGGUGGGCCCCAGCGGAUCAAGGCUCACCUCCACAGGUGCGUCGUCUGCAUCCGGCUGCAAGCGCGACCGGCGACUCAACUCAUGGCCCCACUGCCGUCGUCCCAAGUCUCCCCUUCUCGUGCCUUUGCCUGCACUGGAGUGGACUACGCCGGCCCUUUUCAUGUACUCUCCACUAGAGGACGAGGAGUCUGGACCACGAAAGGCUACAUCGCCGUUUUUGUGUGCCUUGCCACCAAGGCCCUGCACCUGGAGCUGGUCGGCGAUCUCUCAGCUGCGUCCUUCUUGGGCGCCCUCCACCGAUUUGCUGGACGCCGCGGUCGGCUCGGCGAGAUAUGGAGCGAUAACGCGACUCGCUUUCGCCGCACUGAUGUCGAGCUGCGCGAUGCCUUGCUGACAGCCGAGCUGGACUGGGGAUUGGUCACGGGCUCUCUCGCCGAUCAAGGAAUUGUUUGGAAGUUCAUUCCACUGGGCGCUCCUCACUUCGGUGGCUUGUGGAAGGCUGCUGUCAAGUCAAUUAAAAGUCACCUCCGGCACGUCAUGGGGUCACGCCAUCUCACCUACGAGGAAUUUUCCACGGUGCUCGUUGGCAUCGAGAUGGUCUUAAAUAGCCGACCACUGACACCGCUAUCUGGAGACACUGGAGACCUUGAUAUUCUCACCCCAGGGCAUUUCUUCGUCGGUGGCCCUCUCAACUCCAUCGUUCUGCCCGGCCCCCCUGCAGAGAGCUUGGAUGCGCUCGCCUACUGGGAGCUCGUUCGGGGGGUCCGCGCCCAGUUUUGGUCCCGCUGGAGCCGAGAAUAUCUCAACACACUCCAACAGCGGUCAAAAUGGACUACUCCUCGCCGGAACUUCAUCGUCGGCGAUGUGGUCGUCCUCCUUGACGCUGCACUUCUGCAGUCCAGCGGCCGAUGGCCGAUCGGCCGUGUCAUCAGCGUCCACCCGGGAGCCAACGGCUUUGUCCACGCUGCCACCCUCAAGACGGCGACUGGCGUGUACGAGCGAUUUAUCACCAAGAUGGUCUUGCUGCCUGUGUCGGCACCUCCCGCGGCUCGGCCGCCUCCAGAAGACUCCCCGACCGACCCCGGUUUGGCGGGCAGCACGUAG